UUUCCUUCAGGGUAUAAAGCUGAGAAUACAGAGGAGGAGAGGCUCAGAGCUUCACCUCAUUGCCUCGUUUUCCCUUCCAUGUGAACAUCCUGCAACGUUUCCUUCUUCCUGCCUCACCUGUCACCUGGCCAGCACUGUCCGGACAAUGUCCGCUAAGCUCCUACCGGUUUUCUUCCUCCUCUCAGUGUUCCACGCCUGUUCUAGAAAGGUUGAAGAGGAUGAAUAUGAAGAUGGAACAACUAACCAAAAAUGGGUUUUAGCUCCAAAAACACAAGACACAGAUGUGACUCUCAUCCUAAACAAGCUGUUGAGAGAGUACGACAAAAAGCUACGGCCAGAUAUUGGAAUAAAACCAACAGUUAUUGAUGUUGACAUUUACGUCAACAGCAUUGGUCCUGUAUCAUCAAUAAAUAUGGAGUAUCAAAUUGAUGUAUUUUUUGCCCAGACGUGGACAGAUAGCCGUCUUCGCUUCAACAGCACCAUGAAAAUACUGACUCUAAACAGCAACAUGGUUGGCUUGAUCUGGAUCCCAGACACUAUAUUUCGUAACUCAAAGACAGCGGAGGCUCACUGGAUCACCACCCCCAACCAGCUCCUCCGCAUAUGGAAUGAUGGCAAGAUCUUGUACACCCUCAGGCUUACCAUCAAUGCUGAGUGCCAGCUGCAGCUACACAACUUCCCAAUGGAUGAACACUCAUGUCCUCUGAUAUUCUCUAGCUAUGGCUACCCUAAAGAGGAAAUGAUUUACAGAUGGAGGAAAAACUCAGUGGAGGCUGCUGACCAGAAAUCUUGGAGACUUUAUCAAUUUGACUUUAUGGGUCUCAGAAAUACUUCAGAAAUUGUGAAAACCUCUGCAGGUGAUUAUGUAGUCAUGACUAUAUACUUUGACUUAAGUAGAAGAAUGGGAUACUUUACUAUUCAAACCUACAUUCCCUGUAUAUUAACAGUUGUUCUUUCCUGGGUAUCCUUUUGGAUCAAAAAAGAUGCUACACCAGCAAGAACAGCAUUAGGCAUCACUACAGUAUUGACCAUGACGACUUUGAGUACCAUUGCAAGAAAGUCAUUACCCCGUGUCUCCUAUGUCACCGCUAUGGAUUUGUUUGUGACUGUAUGCUUUCUAUUUGUCUUUGCUGCUCUGAUGGAGUAUGCCACGCUCAACUACUACUCAAGUUGCCGGAAACCAAGCUGUACUAAGAAGAAAAAGUCGCUACCUGAUGUAAGUUUUGGUCAUGUGAUGAAUUAUUCUGUACUUGAUAUGAGACCACCAACUACGGUCAUCACAUUGAACAAUGCCAUGUAUUGGCAAGAAUUUGAAGAUGCCUGUGUCUAUGAAUGUCUGGAUGGGAAAGACUGUCAGAGCUUUUUCUGUUGUUAUGAAGAGUGCAAAUCAGGCUCAUGGAGGAGAGGACGAAUUCACAUAGACAUCUUAGAACUGGACUCUUACUCCAGGGUCUUUUUUCCUACAUCCUUCCUGCUGUUUAACCUGGUCUACUGGGUUGGAUACCUCUAUCUUUAAAUGUUGCCUGUAGCGGUGAAGACUGCUGUGUUUUCUCACUGUGGAUGGAUGGUGAAAGUGCAGACAGAGUGAAGGACGCGGUCAGUUUCAUCUCAAAUUAUAAAGACCACAUUAACCUUCACCUUCUUCAUCACCAUCACAGAGCCUGAUGAAUAAUUUUAGUAUGUAUCUUCCUGAAAAGGAGAAACAUGGAAGAAUUCUCUCCUAACUGCUGUUCAUUUUAAGGAAAAAAAUUCUUACAAAAUUCAGCUGAAUUUGUAGUGUAAGUGAUGUUUAUGAACAAUUAUUGUAUAUUAGAAUCUUUACUAUUCUGCCUUGGCAUAGCAACUAUUCACAAUUCAGGCAAAGAUUAAAUAUGUCAUUUUUAUUUUUCAUUCCCAUACUUUCUUCAAAAUGCUGUCAUAUCUCUGAGGCUCAGAGCAAUGUACACUGGCAUUGGCAAAAAAGCCAAAGCCAACAAAACAACUAAUUUUUAUUUAAAUUUACUUGAGUUUUAUCCCACAGAUUUUGGGAAAUAGUUCAUUAAUGAUCUCCUUGAUACCGAGUAAUCACCAAAAGACAGUAGAGAAAUGUCUCUGGUGGGAUAAAAACAUGAACAUUACUUUCUGCAAAGGUCUGGGAUUUGUGGAGUUAGCCACUUACCUACACACAUUGAUUUUAACUUAAAGGUGAAAAAGCAGAGUGAUAAGAAAGCUAUUAUUUUGAUAUAAAUAAGACUUGCCUAUCUCUGAGGCAGCUGUAGGAAUAACUUCUACAGUUUUUCAAGCUUUUAACUGUCUUUUUUAUGGCUGGUUGAACACAGGAUCGUCACUGAUUUCUAAAGUACUCUACUUGAAGCAGGACAAGAUUCCUGCUUGUUUGUGUCAUUGUAGCAGGUCACAUUUGAUGUGCUAUAUAUAUAUAUAUAUAGUAGCACCAAGAAUAUGUGACUUUCUUUGUAUUUCAAUUUACUAAAAAGUGCACCUGUGCAUUCUUAUUUUUUCUCUCAAAGUUGUUUUACAAAAUUGAAAAGUGUGUGCCAAAGGAUUUUUUUUGUUCAUUUAAUAAAGUUAAACACUGCAGUAUUUACUCAUGGCAGUUGUUCCCUGGGCCUGAGAUGAAGACUGAACACCUUUGACUUGAGUAGUGGGUUACAGGAACUCAAUUGUGACACUUGGAUUAAACGUGGAAUAGUUACCAUGCAUAAAAAGAAGUUACUUUCAUUCUUCUCCUAAAUUUUCAACUCUAUUUUACUGUAAAAAGCAAUUUUGUAUUUUUCAAGCUUUAGACCAUUAAAUUCUUGUUACCCAUUCUUUCAAAAACUAGUUUUACAGUGUUAAGCUAGAUGACAUCUUUCACAGACUGUCUAUGUAAUUGUUAUUAAGCAAACAAAACAGAUUCAGAAUUAAAUAGAAAUAGCUUUUCACUACUUUUGGAUGACAAGUGGUUACAAAAGAUUGAGAUUGAAGCAUGCCUAAAACCAUAAUUCUAUUUCUUUUCUCUCCUGGAGAUAUUUCUUUUUUUAUAAUCUCAAAAAAUGUCUGUCUCUUCCACACAGUAUUUGAUAAAAAAAUGAAUGGUGGAUGUGAUUGAAGAGGAGUUCCUUUUCUUCCUCAUAAGCAAAACCCUACAAACAAGCAAAAGCUAAUGCAGUGGUAAUUCUAAGGGAACAGAAAUGCUUUCAUGUUCUUUGAAACAUCGCUGUCUGUCAUUGCUGUUGCUCUGUUCUUCCAGUGGGUUUUUAAUUGAAAAAAGUCUAACAUAAAAGUUAACUAUGGUUACUCAAAAUCUUCUGGUUUUCACUUGACUGAAAUAUCAGAGAUAUAGCUGGGUUUAGGUUAGGGAGGGGGAUCACUUCUGUAAGGACUGACAAAAUUCAUAUUAGAAGCACAGAGAAGAAAUAUUUGGAGACAGGAUCUAAACCUUAUUUUUAAAAAAAUCUGCCCAUUCAGAUGUCUUCUAAGCCAAUGAUAACCUCCUCGUUUCAAAACAUAUUUUGAAGAUUUUGCUAACUCUCAUUAGCAAAUUGCUCUGUAAAAUCUAUUGCUCUGUAAAUCUCUGUGUUCUGCAUUUGGAAAUAUGGAUUUUAUUUAAGAAUGACAGUGAUAUUUUAAGCCAUGCAAGAAGAUGAUUGAAUUGGAGUUAAAUAUACUGAUCUGUAAUUAUGAAUUAAUCUACUCUAAUAGUAACCUUCAGCCAUAUUUUGAAAGAAUAUUAGAAAUAUUCCAAGCCUAACUAAAAAAAUAGAAAGAGUUUUCCUUUAGGGAGCUGAUCCUGUAAACCCUCUGCACAGUCAAUUGGUUUUGGUGUUAGCAUUGAGAAAAAUGACACACAAUAAGGUGCCUUCCAGCAUUAGAUCUUGAACAGUUAAAGUGAGGUUUAUUUAGCAAUUGCGUAUUUGAGUGAAUACCCCAAAAGUAAGUGUGUAAGUGGACUCUUCCCAUUUUAGAUGAUGAGCAUAUGUUUUUCUUACACUUCUGCUCAUGGCUGCCCAUGAGUGCUACUGAAAGCCUGUUAGAAGACUGAUUCUGCUAAGUCCAGUCAUGUUGCCUCUGUUUUCUGAGUUUUCAUAAACAGAAGUUGGAAGCAUAUAAUUCCACUUUUUUUCCACUGUCCUGACAAGAAAGAAUCUGCAGACACUUCUGGCUUCUGCUCUUGUACUGAAAGCAGAAGAUAUAUUCUACUGUGUAAUUUAUUCUACUUUGGGGUUAUGUGCAAAAAAUUGAUUUAUAUGCAAGCUAGGUGGCUGCAGGCUGGCAGGUUCCUGAAUGCAUUUCUCUGCUCAUUCCUAGUUACUUGGUUUACUCUCACUGCCUUACUGCUCUGUGCUUUGAAAGCCACUAAUAAACCUUAGAGGUCAGGGAAGACAAUCUUUCUAGGCUCUGAAUCUUUCAAAAUGCAAGUAUUCUAGAGACCUAGAUAAUGUGGUCUGCAUAUAUCUCUAUGCUAUAUCCUUCUCUAGUAGUAAAAAUGUCCUCAUUAACCAUCAGGUAUUCUUUUGCUUCUUUCACAAAUUGAAAAAAACCCAGACAUUUCUCUGCACUGUCCCACAUGAAAUGCAAUAACUGCAUUUUAGAACAUUUUCUUAGUGGAUAAUUUUGUAUUCAAGACUUGCAUUUACUCAACUACUUUUUUUUUUGUUGUUUACUUCUUAUUUUUAUCCUUCCAAGGAAGGAAAUGGAGGAAGGCAAAAACAAAUGAGUGGUGAAAUGAACGCAUUUGGAUAUAUAUGUAAAAUCACAAACCCAAGUAUCUUCACAUUACAGUCCAUCCUUGUUGAAGUUACGGAAAAGAUUGUGAAGAUUUUUUUCCCAGUGGGAUCUAAAGUCAAUCCUCUUAUUCUCCCCCUUCAAUUAAAAGUUGUUGGACAGUAUUUUCCUGCAUUGAGGGCAGCAUUUUCAAGGCAAUUAAGAAUGUAUAAAAAUACUGGUCUGCUUAAUUCAAUCUUCACAGUUCUGGCCCUUUUACUAGCAUACUAACAACUCUAUCUUUUAUUCUCCUGAGAAUAAGGGUAUAAAAACUUGUAGCCAGUUUAUGCUGUCUCCAUGUCCAGCAGUAAUGUGGAACUGAAGUGCACCACACACCAUGAAAUUUUAAUGUAACUUUCUAGUCAACAAAUAAGGAUGCAGUUUAAAACAUAGGCACUUUGGUAACCUUUCUUCUCUUUCAGAUGCUAAUGUUCUACUUAAUCAACUCUUAACUGUAUAUUGGUAUAUUGUGCAUACCAAUAAAAAUGAUAAAAAUUACAAUACCCAGAAUUGUCUUCAUGGAGACUCUGAUGAGUCGUGAAGCUAAAAAAAGAGAAAUAAAUUAUUUUUUACUGCUGUGCAGUUCUUAUCUGUCACAGUCCUUUUAUUCAAAUCAAUUCACAGCUAAUUCCAAAUCAUCCACCUGGAGGUUUGCACAUUCAUCAGCUGGAACAGCAAUGACACAUGAGCCUUUAGUUGAUAGAGAAUUAUAUUUUUGGAACUCGAGGCAUCCUGCCAAAUAACUCAGAUAGCUAUCUCAAACACUUCUGCAGCCCUAAUGUGUCUCAGUGUCUAGCAUCUCAUGUUGCUGCAUGAAUUUAUCACAGCUCACCUUACUUGGUCAUUUCAUGAAAGGAAGAUUGUUUACCUCCUUUAAACACCAAAUUUUUCCAUACAUCUAGAAAAAUUAUGCUCCUGCCCACACACCAAGCAAUCAGGUGCAAGGGAACUCUAGAGCUGCUGACUUUGUGGGAAGGGAGACUCAAUAUUUUAAGACAGAGAAAUUUCAUUAGUCUCACAGUCUGGAGGGUUGGUGUUACCUUCUAAGCUGUAAAACAAAGCACCCACUGAAAGCUGUGAAGGCUGUCCAUAACAGACUGUACUCUUCCCAUUGACUCCUCUUUCCCAGUUUUGAUAUAAUACACUAAGAAAAGGCAAGCCAUAUCCCAUAAUCUUAGCUGCCUACACAAUCAUAUGAUUUUUUUUCAAGGUAUCUUCUUCUUCUUUCUCACAGUGAAAUCUUUGUGCCUCUUAUAUCAGUGCCUUUAUCAUUUCUUAGUAUUAAAGGAUAUGCUAUUCCUCAUCUGAGAGUUAGAAAGAGGGACAGUGACCUUACCGAAGUUCUUCUUGAGCACCACAGUGUGUGGCCAAUAUUCUAAACGUCUUCAACCCACAGACUGAGCAUUUGCCUACUUUUUCUUUAUUUUUCUAAGCAGUCUGUAGGUUUCUUAUUUCCUAAAUAUUAGGAAAACUGCAGUAGGAUUUCAGCAAUUUAGAAGAAUCUUUCCUUCUUCACUCAGUAACUUCAUUCCACCAAGAGAUAUAGAGUAUAAACUCAAGGCUGAUGUUUACCUCAUCCAUAUAAGUUUCCAGAAGACUAUUUAAAAUAGAAAAAAAGGUAGACUAUUCAUUGGGAAUGCAGUUCUACAGCUGAAAGGUGAGAUUCUUUUUCCUUUAGAUGUUUUUCUUCUUCUGAGUUAAUUUUAGAUCCUUCCUCCCUCCACCUAUACAAUUGGCAAGCACAAAAUUAGCUCAAUUUACACUUACAUACUGAAAAAAAAUUAUGGUUUCAUUAUUCUUAUACUAUAUAUUUUACAUAUAGUCUAGGAAAAUUCAUUAUGAAGUUCAGUGCAUCAGAGUUGGACAUCUCUACUUUCUAUCAAAACAUGCAUUUUGAUCUUCUAAUCAUUUGUUAUUUAUGAAGGACAAGCAGUAGAUGUGGUUAUGUUUAUUCAUAUGCCUAGGAGUAGGCUUUCUCAAGGACUGAACCAGGCAAAUAAGGCACUGAUACAGGCAGUUACUUGCCAGGUAUUCUUGAUCUAGGUAAUGAAUGGCAUUAGUCAGAGAGGACACAACAGCCUCUUUGGUGUCAUAAAAGCACUCAUGUGACUUUACUUGGAGCCCUGAGACAGCCUGUAGAGCCUUUUAUAGGGGAACCCAGGUGCUCUCCUUAGUGUUUAAUACAGCACUUAAUAUUCUCCUAAUGUCUCUUUAUCUUCUUGCAGCCUGUGAAAGUGCUUGGGAGAGAUGAAGCUGUACUGACACAAUAUAUGCUAAAAUACAAUGAAUGAAAUACCCACAGUGAAGCUUGUUACUGAGACUGUGUUAUGAGUACAAGUGUCAAAGAAAAGACCACUAGAUUUAAGUCAAAACCUUACACAUUAAUGAAGACCAUUGACCAGAACAGGGGUUUAAGUUCAAAUAUUGUUACAAGCAAAUAGGAAGAGCAUUGGAACAUAUUCUGGAGAGCUUUAUUAUCCAUUGAUUAGCUUCAAAACUUAAUUAGACUGGAUCUGUAACUUAAGUACUUAAAGUGAGAUUUGUGAUUUACAUACUUAAAGUGAGGACUAAGAGGGGUAAAUGCUAAAAUUUCUAAAUUGCACAUUAAUAUAAAAUGGAUGAAGUGAAUAAUAUUGAUGGCAUAUUUUUAAAAAAACUAUUGACAAAUGAGUAUGGAACAGAUCAUGCUACUGAAUCCAUCCCAUGCUUACAGACCACCUAGGAUUCUUAAAAUGAGAGUGACAACUGAACUCAUGGAAAGCUGAUAAAAUAAUUCCAUCUGACAGUAUUACACGAGCAACCCAGGGAUGUAUGCCUCUGCCAGACAGGGUGCUCCAAAGGAAAAAAAUUCAGAAUAAGCUUCCAUAAAACAGUGUUCAUCUGAACAACAGUCAGAAACCUUGUGCAGAGGGAUUACAGUAUCAGUCUGCCAUAUUCUCUUUUGCAGUCAUUAAGGAGUCCCGUGACUUUAUUGUCAUCCACGCUCACAUGCAAUACCAACCUUAAAUCAUGGACCAACCCGUGACUGUCACAAGUUGGAACACUAGCCUGGAGGGAAUCUGGGACCAAUUUGUGGCUAUCACAGGCUGCCAUCAAACCCCUCAUAAAAUCCUGUUCUAAACUCUCAGUAUACUGCUCUAAAAACAUUUUUUCUCACCAUGACAACACAUGAAUUUUUUUUUAGAGUGCAGUUUUAGGAAUCACAUAAAUACUGCCAACUAUGUGCCAAAUUGAACUUUCUUAUAGAACACAGACAAAAUUUUAGAUUUCUAAUUAUCUUUCCUUCCUAAGUUUUUCUUAGGGGUGUAUGAUUUCGUUGCUAGCAGUGCAGCUUGUGAUGUCAUAGUGAAAUGAAAGUACAAUUAUGUGCCCAAUGUGCCUUGAAUAAUACAGGUAGCACUAGCACCAGUAUGUCAUUCUAAGUUAGAUAGCCAUCCUAGUGAUCCCCCAGACUGAUCUAAUCAUAAAAGUCAAACACCCAUGUGCUUCAUUUCCUCAAGUUCACAGAUGACUUUCCCUUCUUGAUCACAUCCAUUCCAGUUUACUUUGUGUUAAGGAGUAGGGCUGUGCGUCUAGAAUACUAUUUAUAUUCGUAUUUUGAUCCCAACAUUUGUAUUUCUGGAUACAAAUAAAUACACAUUAUCAGAAAAUGCAAGUAUUGCGUGCA